AUGUGUGUUUUGAAAAUGCGGGGUAGAAUCUGGUGUCUUGUGGUUUUAUUGGCUUUUUCUAUUGUUGUUGAAGCAACUUACGAAGACGCUCGAUGCAAAUGCGUUUGUGUAGACCACUCAGUCCUUAAAGUAUCAAAUGAAUCUUCUUCAGAACCGAAAAGAUCUGUUUAUGUAAAGUCUAUUCCUUCUGAUAAAUGUACUUGUCAAAUCAUGUUAGAAGAUAAAUCAGAUCUUUGUCCCUACUGCGAUUGCAAGUACCAAGUUCGGAACACCGCAACCAUCAAAGUGGUCGUGAUCAUGAUUGUCGUCAUUUUGUCGACGCUCUCGAUUUAUCUCCUGUUUAUGCUCAUUAUAGAGUCCUUCUUAUCUUCAAGGGGAAGAAAUAAUCCUCUAAAUGGGACCCAAAGUUCAUUUUCACCCUCGAAGACUUUUAGAACUUUUCGCAGUUACACGACGUCUUCACAAGAUGAGCAACGCGGAAAUCGUGAGAGCUCGUCCGGGUCUACUGCAGUUGUGAAUCGAGUCCCAGAUCAACAAUCAAAUUGGAAAGGUCGUAUUGAAGCCCAACGCGAGCGUGUGUUUAGUGAGCGUACAAUUCUCAAUUAA